AUGUUUGAAAUUUUUAUAGCUACGGCUGUUUCUUCACGGAGGCGAGGGCGUCCACGGAAAAGAAAUGUGGAUGGAAACUUUAUUGUGAACGUAAAACAAGAAAUUUUGGAGGAUUCGUUGAGCACCACUUCGUCUCCUCGGCCACGCGGUCGACCUAGGAGAAGUUGCCGGAAAUCAGGUUUAUCAUACUCUCUGAAUGGGACAGGAAAUCUUAGUUGCUUCGCUGAUACCUCAGAAUGUUCUUCUAGCAUAGCUACGAGUGCGAAUGCAUCACUGCUCAAUUUCGACAUCAAACCAAUCAAGGGGAUAUCCUCGCGGGAGUUGGUAGAUGUUAGGGAACUAUGGGAUCACUAUAUCGCACGCGCAGAAUACCAUUCUAUUCUAUCCACUUCGGUCAAUCGUUGUUCGAAGUCGCGUUCCUCACGUAUACAAGACAGAAAAGCCCUUAUCGAAAAGAUAACUCAACUGAAGCGGAUCGAGGACAGUAUAAGUCAAGGGAUCAGGCAAAUAACCACUUUCGAAUUUUUCAACUAUGUCAAUCCUCUGUGUCCUGGGUUAAAUGACGUCACCACCGAAAUAUUUAUGAUAUCGUGCAAUCAGGAAAAAGUUAUCCAAAAAGACGUUUUGACUAGUGUUGUCGUACCUUGUCGAAGUACCCAUCAUCAUGAACCUCCCGUAGUCUACUAUGCUGUUCCACCUAACGUAGAGGAAAAUGCGAAGACUAUCUUCCUUGUGGUGAAGGUUCACAUUGAGCAGAAGUAUCAUUAUAUAGGUUCAGCUCGCAGGCUAGGAAGAUCAAGAGGAGAGCAGGAUAAUGAGGAAACUGAUUCUCCUGUUGUGAAACGCAUUCUUUAUGGCGUGCGAAAGGUCGCUUGUGGUUUGAAUGGUUCUAUCAAUCCGACAUUUGGAAAUCAUACAGUCGUUUUGAUUAACAGCGACACAGACCAUGUUGAUGGAAUUUCGUUUAAUUUCACCGAGGAAAAGUGGAUGUCGAAUUUUUCCAAUCUCGAACAGUUUGCCAGAAUAGGGAAUAAGUUAUGCUCAUCUGGUCCGAUAGGUCUGAUCAAUUUCGGCAUCAGCGAUGAGCAUGUAGAGUAUGAUUGGAAUGUGGUGGAAAGCGUUAUGGAUACAAGGACUAAAAGAAAGACUGAGCAGUUGAAAACUUCGGAUGUUGUUGUGUGGUAUCACUACAAGGAUCCUGAAGUUCCUGAAGAUACAACGGAUGUGGCGACAACUACUCGGGGAAGUCCAUCGUCGGAUAAGGAAAAUAGUAAUGUACGCUCAUCACCUCGGAAGGGACUACGCUCUCCGCCGAAGCUGCCAAUAAAAUCACUGGCUCCAAGGAGAUCCAUUGGUCUAUCGAAAUCUCCAGUGAAAUCGCUAACACCACGGCUUGACUGCGAUUCUCUGAAGCCUCUUGCGAAAACGCUGUCGCCGCGGAAAUGCAAUGCUCUCCCGAAAUCUCCAGAGAAGUCAUUGUCUCCUCGUAAAGCCAAUGGUACCCCAAAGUCGCCGGUGAAAUCUUUGACGCCCCGAGGAAUCGACUAUGAGCUCGUACAGCUUGAUCCUAGCCUUCCAAGAGGCAUCUUUGAUCGCAUUCCUGGAAUAGCUUGUCCCUUCACCAAUAAAACUUUCGCGACCAUCGAAGAACUAGAGGAGCAUUUGCAAAGUUCAUAUCCAGUAUUCAAGUUUGAAAUUAUUAAGUCCACACCUUUUGCCAUUCAUUUCCUUGUCUCCAGCGCCAUCUCUCGUGCGGACUGGGAAAAACCACCAGCUGAUCCGGAGAUUACGAAAAAGUUAUCUAUAUCUGCGAGCUCUCCUAAGAAGAAGAUCUUGUAUGCGCCACCCGUUGUUAUUCCUGUCAAGAGAAAGAAUGAGCUUCCUAAGGCUCAGCUAAUUCCUUACGGAGAAAUGUCAUUUGUACCUCCGACGUACUCUCGGGUCCCAGGGCCGUCAUCCUCAAAAGUUUAUCAUUCGGUGAUUGAAGAUACGUGUGACUGGAAAGGGCACCUAAUGGAGCGGAACAUUCGGGAUUAUAUUGACGACACACCUCAAGAAAAGGAGUUUAUGUUGCUUCACAAUCGUUUCCGCGCCAAGUAUCGACAUCUAAUUGUUGGAGAAAAGCUGACGCUAGAUUUUUACACGAAGUUCGUUGAAACUUGCGGCAUGGAAAUGAAGAAGAAGCGUAUACGGGCACAUUGUGUGGCACGACUCACUCGGCUUGUGCAAAAGAACAAAAUGACUCCGACGAAUAUGGCGAAGCUGACUCAAAUGUUGUACGAGUUAGGUCCAAACGAAGCGGAUUGA